AUGCUCCGCCGGUGCCGCCGCGACUCCAUGUGUGAGGAGCGCAUUAUCGGCACCGGGAGAGCGGCGGCCGCGGGAGCCGCCGGCAGAGCCCCGCAGCCGCGGGAGAGCGGCGGGGCCGGCGCGGGGAGCGCGGCGCGGAGCCGGGAGCGCGGGGCGGGCUCGCCGCGGAUGCGUUCUGCCGGCGUUUAUUGGCUCCGGUACCGGAGCGACGGCACCGCCGGGAAUUUGGGAGAACGGAGGCCGGGAUGCGGGAGAGCUGCCGGGGAAGUUCCGGCGUUUCCCGGCCGUGCGGGCAGCCCGGAAAGUGCAAAGUCCCGCUGGCCGCGGCUCCGGCCCCGGCCGCCCGCGAGCCCCGAGCCCGCGGCACCGGGGCCGCUCCGGGAUCCCGGGGCUCGGCCCCCCGGGAACCCCAACUCCGCCGCCCGCCCGGCGCCCCGGGGCGCCGCCGGCUUUUGUUUGGGAAAGUUGCUGCGGGCUUUCCGCCGGGCUGCUUCCUCUUCCUCCUCUUCCUCCUCCUUCUCCUCCUCCUCCUCCUCUUCCUCCUCCGCCGCCGCCCCGAGCGCUCCGUGCCCGCUGCCCCCCGCGCUCCGCACCGGGGACACGGGGGGACACGGGGGGACACCAGGGGACACGGGGACCCCCCGAAACCCCCCCGGUCACUCCGUGGUCACCCCCCCGCUCACCCCCCGCUCACCCCCCGCUCACCCCCGGUCACCGCGACCCUCCCCGGUGUCCCCGGGGGUCAGUCCCCGCUGUGCGAAGCCGCGAUCCCCCCCGCUGUCCCCGUGGCCGGUGCCCCCCGGUGCCCCCCGGUGCCGGAGCCCCGCGGUGGCCGCGGCCGGGCCGUGCGGCCGGGCCGGGCCGGGGCCGUGUCACAAUAAGAGUCCCCGGCCGCCCUUCCUGCGCCCCGGGCACCGGAACGGCACCGGCGCGGCACCGGCUUUGGGACCGGCAUCAGCCCCGGGAUGCGCUGCCCGGGAUCGGGAUCGGCGCUGGCAUCCGCACCGGGAUGGGGACCGGGAUGGGAUCAGCACCGGCACCGGGAUUGGCACCGGGAUGGGGACUGGCACCGGGGAUGGCACCGGGAUGGGAAUCAGCACCAGGAACGGGAUUGGCACCGGGAUGGGAAUCAGCACCGGGAACGGGAUUGGCACCGGGAUGGGAACCGGGACCGGGAUUGGCACCGGGACCGGGAUUGGCACCGGGAUGCGCUGCCCCGGGGGGAUCUCGGGCAUCCCGGGGGUCCGGGGGGGAUCCUUGGCUCCGGCUCAUCCCAGCGGGACCCCAUGUCCUUCCCUGACAGCCUUUGGAGCUCCAAACUUCCGGGAGCAGGAAUCUGAAGGAUGA